GAAGCUAUUAAAAGUGAAUCAUUUUACGAUGGUCGUUGUGCCUAUUUGGAAAAAGGAUSCAUAGAUCUGGGUUUCAAAGAAUCAAAUCAUAGUAUAAAUGGCACCAUACGUAUUGGUGGACAAGAUCAUUUUUAUUUAGAAACUCAAUGUUGUAUAGCAAUACCGAUGAAUGAACAUAAUGAGAUCGAAAUUAUAAGUUCAACACAAUCACCAAACGAAUUGCAGGAAUGUAUAUCACAUUGCUUAGACAUACCAACAAACCGUGUAGUUUGCAAAACAAAACGUCUUGGUGGUGGUUUUGGUGGUAAAGAAACUAAAGGAUUUACUAUAGGCGUGCCAUGUGCAGUAGCUGCUGUGAAAACCGGUAAAUCAGUUAGAUGCAUGUUGGAUCGACAUGAAGACAUGUUAAUUACUGGUGGUAGGAAUCCAUUUUUAUGUCAUUACCGUGUAGGAUUUAACGAACAUGGACAAAUCCAGGCUUUGGACCUUUCUGUAUACAAUAACGGCGGUAGUUCCAGAGAUUUGUCCGCGGGAACAGUUCAAAGAUGCAUAUCUCAUAUAACGAAUACGUAUCAUAUCCCUCAUGUGAGAGUAUCAGGAUAUACUUGUGCUACAAAUUUAUCAUCAAAUACGGCUUUUAGAGGAUUUGGUGCACCUCAAGGAAUGUUUUUUGCGGAAUCAAUUAUCGAUCACAUAUCUAGAGAGUUGAACAUCGAUUCAAACGAAGUCAGAGUAAAGAAUUUCUUCGUUAACGGACAGAUAACACUUUAUAAUCAAUUGAUAUCUAAUUUUACCGUUAAAAGUUGUUGGGAYGAAGUCAUGGAAAGAUCAAAUUACACUUUAAAGUCUAAAAAAAUCGUAGAGUUCAACAGUUAUGUUGUACGCAGAAAUCACACUAUAGGAACAACAACAGAUCAAGGUACGGUCAACUAUUAUUUGUAUUUCACUAGUGGGGCAGCUGUUUCGGUGGUAGAAGUGGACUGUUUAACUGGUGACCAUGAAGUUUUAAGCACAGACAUAGUAAUGGAUGUCGGACAGAGCUUAAAUCCAGCAAUUGACGUGGGGCAAAUUGAAGGAGCUUUUAUGCAAGGUUAUGGUUUAUUUACAUUAGAGGAACUUGUAUACAGCCCAAAAGGAAUGUUAUACACAAGGGGGCCUGGUACUUAUAAAAUACCCGGAUUUUCCGAUAUACCGAAACACUUUACAGUCUCAUUGCUGAAAGGUUCAGAAAAUCCAAGAGCUGUUUACUCAUCAAAAGCUAUUGGUGAACCACCGUUGUUUUUAUCCGCUUCGAUAUUUUUCGCCAUUAAAAAUGCCAUUUAUUCGGCAAGAGAAGAUGCUGGUGUCACAGGGUAUUUUAGGUUGGACGCUCCAGCAACUGUGGAAAAAAUUCGAAUGUCUUGCAAAGACAAUAUUACUGAAAAGCUUGAGAAACAUGAAACCGACGAAGCCGAAUCGUGGAAUAUUAUUGUUUAAGAAUUAGAUAAAAAUAUUAAAUAAUUCAUAUAUAAAUAUAGCUA